AUGGAUAUUUUCGAUUACCUAAAUGAGGAUAUUUUCCAGCUGACAGAUCUUGAAGCGACGAGACAGGGAGAGACAAUAAAUAAUGAGAUUAACGAGACAACGGAGGUUGACGAUGAGAACAUUGAUGUUAAUGAAACCACAGAUAAUGAAAAUAUAUUACAGUUCCUGAAGCUACAAAACCCUGAAGAGGGGUUGAAUUACACAUUCUUACAUAAUUCCGAGUCCAACUCGACCAAAGAUACGUUGUUAGCGAACACGAAUGCAAAUAUAAAUCAGGAGAAGCAACACAACGUUAAGAUAAAUCCUAAAAGAAUAGGAUUGAAAAGGAGGAAAUCAAACCCAUUUUACACGCCUGCACAGCAUGUUAUGACGCUCUACGAAAGAGAAAAAAAGCAGGCGACGACACAUACGUAUUCACAGCACAUCGAUUCGGCAGGACCUCUCAAAGAGCUUGAUAUGAAUGCCAAUACAGGCAUGAUUCAAUUCGAAAACCGUUAA